AUGCAUAUCCAAGGCUUCAAAGGGAUCAUCUAUUAUAUCAUCAUUUUCACAUGUCAACCAAGAGUAACAUUUUUCCAGAUCCCCCCACCCCUCCUUCAGAAAGUGUACAUCCGUGUCAAUGACACCAAUGACAUGGCCCCAGUGUUUGAUAGCAGAGCCUACAGUGCCUUUGUCUAUGAGAGAUCUCCCCCUGGCCUUCCCCUCAUUAUUGUCACAGCCACGGAUGAUGACUUCUACCCAGAGUUUAGAAAUAUUACAUAUAAAAUUGAUUCUUUAUCAGAUCCAGGUGGAGUAUUUGGAAUGUACCCAAAUGGAACUCUGUUCCUGAAUAAGAUGUUGAAUGCCACACCUGCUGUUUAUAAUAUGAAAGUUGUGGCUGAUGAUGGAGUGAAUAAUGAUACGGCUGACCUACGCAUAAAUGUGGUCCCAGCCAUGGACACUGCUCCGGUCUUCAAUGCCACCAUGUACACAUUUGAGGUUGACGAGAGCAACACUACAGGGGUAUUUGUGGGCCGGGUGUUUGCAAGAGCUGUGCCCAGAGAAUUCAAUGAUGGAAUUGAGUUUAACAUCUCCUGCUGCAUGGAGUCUGCCCACAUGUUCAUGAUAGUUAAGAAUGGCAGUAUUUACUCCCGUUUGCCCUUGGAUAGAGAGAACAUGACAGACAGUCUCACAUUGACGGUCAGUGCACUGGAUACCACAGCUGUGCAGGGAAGAAAGGCCAAUGUGGAGGUAAAGAUCACAGUGAAGGACAUCAAUGACAAUCCACCCAUGUUUGUGUCAACCAGUUUCACUGGCAAAGUAUCUGAAGAUGCUGGUAUUGGCACCACUGUACACAUGAUCCCCCCAGUGAAGGCAGUAGACAAGGAUAAAGAGGCAGAAUUAACAUACAGACUUUCUCCAUCCAGUCCAUUCGACGUGACCAGUGGAGGGGUCAUCACAGUGACUGGGGCACUGGACAGAGAAAGUCAGAGAGAUUAUAAUUUGACAGUAACCGCCAGUGAUGGAGUGUUCAGCAGCACAGCUAAUGUGUACAUAGAACUGAUAGAUAUCAAUGACCAGUUCCCAAGUUUUUCCCAGCUCAACUACUACUUCAAUGUCUAUGAAAACGCUACCCAGGGUGACAAAGUUGGACAGGUCAAUGCCACAGACUGGGAUGGAAGCGAUGAACUAAUGUACUUCAUCGAGAUUGGGGAUGGUGGGAAAUUCUAUAUCAAUAGAAGGACUGGUCAAGUCUUUGUCAUAUCAAAUAAGAGAUUUCAAAUCAUUGAUGGAAUCCCCUGA